AGUAAACAAAAAACAAUUACGAUUAUUAAAAAUAUUUAUGCGGUGGCAUUUGGUCUACUGCUGAGAAUGAGCAAUUUAAAGCAGGAUCUAGAUGAAUAUCUACUGCUGCAGAGCGAUCAGAAAAAGAACUUCAAUGUAAAGCUGCCGCAGAUAAAGGUGCCAGGCCUGGCGCAGAUCUUCUCGCGCACAAGCGAACCGCCCGAGGCAAACAGUUGGUUAAAGGACACCCAAGACUCCUGCUGCCCCAAGCUGUCACGUCUGCAGCGCAUUGUUGGCUUUGUCGCCUGCCUGGGCAUGGGCUGCCUGUGCAUGACCCUAUCCACGCUCUACAUUCCGGUGCUGAUGCUCAAGCCAAAGUUUGCGCUGCUCUUUACGCUCGGCAGCCUGUUCUUCAUUCUCAGCUUUUGCUUUCUGAUCGGCUUCCAGGCGUUCUUCAAGCAAAUGUUCUCCAGGCCCCGUCUGGCCACCUCCAUCUCGUACAGCGCCUGCCUCACGCUGACCCUGUACUUUGCGCUGGUGGCCAAGAGCACAGCAUUUACGGUAUUGUUUGCUGUGGCACAGAUAAUCACGCUGCUGUUCAUGCUGCUGGGCAUGGUGCCCGGCGGGGCGACAGGCCUCAAGUUCUUUGGCCAGCUCUUCAAGAGCAGCGUCUCCAGUUCGUCCAGUGCGCUGCCCGUCUAAAUUGUGUACAAUAAUCAUAUAUUUGAAAUUAUACAAAUUAUUUAUUAAUCGUUAUGAUAAUGCAGAAAUAAAACUUAU